AUGGGUUCACGACAGUCGGUCGCGCAGCCUCCAAAGCAAAGAAUCGCUCCCUCAGUCGUACUAGACAACUGCGAGAGUUCCAGAAGUCCGAUGUCGUCAUUGGAUAUGCGACAGAUGUCGCAAAUCGGUAAUGACAUUCUUAACCGUGUCUUCUUGUCGUCCCAUCAGCAGCAGGGGACCGGUUCGUCGCCUCGGUCCUCUUCGUUCGCAGGGCCUUCAUCGACCUUGAUGAAUGGCCAGGUCGCUGGUCACUCUUCGUCGGACUCUAGCGACCCGGACACAGAUCUUUCGGCGGGGACGACGGUCACCUCGUCGUUUGGCAUGCCGUCUUUGGAUCGACUUUUCCGCCUCUGCUCGACCAACUCAUCCCAUACCGACACCACCGUCUUUCUGCCAUCGGUUGCUUUUCGAUGCUUCGAUAUGAAAUGCCCAGUGUGCCACAAGCAUAUCCCGUCAGACGAAGUCGAAUGCCAUUUGGUAAUGUGCUUGACGCGACCUCGAAUCACGUACAACGGUAAGUCGUGA